AUUUCUUUCGAGUGAUCGCCACGGUCGGAGUGACAACGUAUUUCACGAGCGCCGAGCUUAUAAUUUUUACUUGUGGAAUUUAUACAAAUAAAAUUUUAUGCAAACGUUCUUCAGUUGCAAAGUGAAUUGAGUGAUAUUUCAACUAUGGUGACAGGCCUGAGGCGUUGAAGGAGCGAACGCCACGAAUGAAAAUAUGGCUGGCAUUUUAGCAUCUGUUGUCAACACAGAAUACCGUGUAUUAUGCAAGUUGGAGUAAAAUGUGAACGAGUGUUAGCUAAUAAGAAUAUGACGGUUGUAAUAUAAUGCAGUGGCUGCACAAAAUAUUGGCGCUGGCAGUAAUUUGCGCAGCAGGGCGGGCGGAGCGGUGCCCCUCCACCUGCGUCUGCACAAGCACCAGGUUGGAGUGCUCCCAACGCACCCUGCCCAACAACAACCUCACCAGGGCAAUCAUCGGCCUGGACAACAACACCACAACAUUCAUUUGGACCUACUCGAAAAUCAGUUCCAUAGAAAAGAAUUUAUUCAGCCACUUUAGGCACUUGGAGAGUAUUGAUCUGAGCGGAAACGAAAUCAAGACUACUAAAGAUGAUCCGUUUGAUAGACUGACCCAGCUUGUACAUUUAAACAUAUCCAGAAAUGCAAUUGUAGAUCUACCGAGAGUCACAUUUGUGUCUCUGAGAAAUCUGAUAGUUCUCGAUGUCUCUCAUAAUUUACUUACAGUAAUCCCCUUCCAAUUGUUUAGACAAAUGAGUAAACUAGAGUACUUGGAUUUAUCACAUAAUAGUAUAGCUACAUUCAUAGACUACUACUUUAAUCCUAAUAGACAAUUAAAAUCACUGUUCCUAAAUAAUAAUAAACUAGUCAAAAUUACAUCUAAUGCUCUAGUCAAUUUAACAGAAUUGCAAACAUUGGAUUUAUCUCACAACAGUUUAGACUAUAUUCCAAAAGGUAUAUUUGACAUCUUUGAAAAGUUAGAAAUGUUAAAUCUGGGCUACAGCAAUUUUCGAAACAUAUCACAAGAUGCUUUUAAGAAUCUUAAAAAUUUAAAUGUGUUAAACAUGGGUGGCAACAAGCUUGUAAGGCUGCCGUCAAUGCUUUUCAUGCAUACCGAGAACCUGCGAACACUCUACCUUGAACACACAGAAAUAACUGUUAUAGAGAAUACAAAUUUCAAAGGAUUACACAAUCUUCAAAUACUGUACCUGAGGAAUAACACUCAUCUUCGUGAUAUAGAACCUUUCGUAUUUGAAGACACACCCGCGAUAGUGCACCUAGAUAUCAGUGCAAACGCCCUCACUAUCUUACCAAGUUCUCUUGAAUCAUUGCACAAAUUACAAGAGCUGAAUAUAGUGAACAACGAGUGGGAUUGCGAUUGUCGAAUGACGUGGUUUGCCACUUGGCUGCUGAAGAGCAACGUAACUGUAAAGUCUGAACUAAGCUGUGGAAAGGGCUAUCCGAACGAUAUGUUACUUACUUUAAAUCACACAGCAAAGUAUUGCACCGAGCCUAGAGUGGUAUUUAAGACUCCACUGACCCUGAGGCGGCUGCAGACUGAUGUGUUACUAGAAUGCAGUUUCGAAGGCAACCCUCCGCCUUCUAUAACUUGGAUCACGCCUAUAAGAGCGGUGUAUCAUUGGAAUCCAGAGCAGUCGAAACCUGAUAUAUUCCACAAACACGGAGUGGCUCACGACGAGUAUUACAAUCAUAUCGACAAUUCAAAGUCAAGAGUGAGAGUGCUUGAAAAUGGAUCAUUAUUUGUAGGAGAUAUUCACAGAGAAGAUAGCGGUGUUUAUUUUUGCAUCGCGACCAACCCGUCAGCCAAUUUGACCGAACAGGUCGUGUUGAACAUAGACCCGAUUACAAUGUACGAAAUAAAAAUCUAUAGCUUAAUAUUCGGAGCGCUAUGCGCCGCCGCUUUCUUGGCAUUAACAUUACUGGUGCAAGCUUUACGAUACAUAUUCCAUAGAUUCCGUCUUAUGGAAACGUGCUGCAGCUGCUGCACUUGCGUGAGCCGCGACGCGCCACGUUCGCGACAGAUAUAUAAUAUGUUAGAUAACAUUGAACAAUAUAAAAGGCAACAACUUGAUAAACUUCGAGAAAACUAUGCAGUUCAAGUGCACCGGAUCAAAGAGAAUUGCACGCAACAGAUGGAUUGGAUCCAAAACAGUUACUCGACACAAGCCAGCCAUCUACGUAACAUAAGGGAUAUAGGAUCUAAUCAUUUGUCUUCCAUGAAAGAUAAUUAUUAUGACCAGGUGAAACGCGUCCGAGACUACUCCACAGCGCAGCUCAACUGGGUGCGAGAGAACUACGUGUUCCAAAGGAACAAGAUACGGAAGUUCAGCGCCCAUCAAAUCUUGAGGCUCCGCGAGUCGUACAAGUACCAGCAGCAGACUCUAAACAAGGUGCUAGAGAAUCUCCCGAGCCUGUACUUCGAGAACUGCCGGAGCGGGUCGUGCGGCCGCAGCGACUCGACCGCCUUCGACCCCGACGUCGAGGUGGUGGACAUGUACCUGAAGUCGAAGAUCGAGAUGCUGGCGCACCUGCCGCACCCCGUGUUCGACGAGGAGAGCAAGAUGUCCGUGUACUACACGCCGACGGAGCGGUCGCUGACGUCGCGGCGGAACUCGCCGGUGCCGCUGCCGGAGGGGAUCCACAUCAACAUGAUCGAGCGCGGGCCGCCGCCCGUGCCGGACGGGCUCCGGCUGCAGCUGCUCGAGCGCGCGCCGCCGCUGCUGCCCGACGGGAUCCACAUCAACGUGAUCGAGCGCGAGCCGCCGCCGCCCGAGGGCAUCCACAUCGACGUGACGGAGCCGGGCCCGUCGCGCGGCCGGCGCCGCGGCGAGGCGGGCCCGGGCUGGCCGGCCAGCGAGCCGCUGCUGGGCCGCGAGUCGCGGCGGCGCCUGCCCGCGUCGGCGUCGUCGCCCGAGCUGGAGCGCGAGCGCCUGCACGCGGCGGCGCGCGUGCUGCUGGCCGUGGAGCUGGCCCAGCCGCCGUCGUAGUACCGGCUGCGGCCGCGCGUCUUCGAGGUGUACGCCGCGCCGCGCCGCCGGCGCCCGCCGCCCGCCUUCGUCUAGGCCGGCCACUCCCGACCACUCCCGGCCACUCCCGGCCACUCCCGGCACGACACGCGGACACGCGGACUUCAAGUGAGCUGUGAUAGUCUAGAUUCCUUCGCGCCGUCUCUAGUGUAGGUUUAAGCGGUACACCGGGGCGAUCGCGCCGAUCGCCGUAGUGAAUUAGUGCGGUUAAGAGUUCUGUGGGUGUCGUUCUCUGUAAAUAAUGUCCGAUUCGUUUCAAUCGUUUUCCAUUUUGAUGUAUUUUUAGGGUAAACCGUUAGAACAUUACGCAUUUUGUAUCGGUCGAAUAGACGUAGAGUAAGGUGAGGCGUGAGGAAGUUGUUACUGUUUGUUGUAAUUGUUGCGAGGUUCUGGUGCGUGGUGUAUCCGCGGGGCCGGGCGAAGCUCCCGUUUCACGCGUCUGUCCUCUAGUUGAUCUCAGUCCUCCCCUUCCGACGUACCCGAGCGGUCGUAGACGUUCCCCGCGUUGUUCUCUAGCUCUUGAAUAUAAUUAAAUUUUAACGUAAUAGAUCGUACCUUCUAUCUCGUUAGCGAUAUUAUAUUACAUUACAUUAUGUGAAUGCAGAUCGUAACGAAAUGAGUCUUGCAGUGAUAUGCCAAAUACUACAAUCCAGCAAUGAUUAUUAUAUGACGUUUCUUAAUAUAAAGUAUACAAAUAUUGUUGAACUUUUUCUAAAUAUAUAAUAUAACAAGAGUAAACGGCUAAUC